GAAUCGAAAAGUCGAGCGCGGUUACCGGUGAUUAUCGCUCGCGGCUGUCGCGAUUUUAUUAGUGAACGCGUGUGCAAAACGUGAAACCAGUUUCUCUCCGUAGGAAAGAAAAGGCCCGAUACCGAUACGCGGCAAUAUUUCUACAAGGUAAUACACUUAACGUAACGUGAAACGAAGCACAAAAAAGUAGGGUUAAUGCAGUAAUGCCGCAAUUAACUGUGACUUUUCGUCGUAUGCCCCGUUGCGCUCGGUAUUACAUUUCUAUCCAUCCUCCGGCGUAUCUCUUUCUCCAAGCAAUGCUAUCGAUAAUAGCGAUCUAAACCUACCGUUUUCACAGAGGCGAACGCACGAUCGAAGAAAUGUUUGCACGAUUAACGUUAUCCUUGCCAAAAAUUGCAACGCUAUCGCUUCUCGAAUUCCGUGGUGUGCGCACGCACACCAUCGAAGUGCGCACAUCGAAAUGCGCACGUUCCGCGAGGCGGUAUCAACGCGCGAACGCGGCCAUAAUGCACGCUCACGUAAGGUACAGCCGAGUUCUUCAUUAUCGUCAGGAGCCUAAAUUGCGUGGGCGUACCUAUACCUUCGUACACGUUACUUACCUUGAUGUACUAUACCCAGUACCUUGUACGCACACACUGUUACGAUCGCGUAGGGACGCGCGUUCGUCGAAUACGCGUACAAAUCCGUAGCCACAGGUUCGAGUGGCGAACGGUGCCGAAGUUGGUCGAAGCCGGCCGAACGCCGCGAAGCCGGUUGUCGCGCUCCUCGCCAGAUGCGAUGUCGAGUCAGUAUCGCGUCAGUCCUCCAGCGGAAUUGGUCAGUGAUCUGUGUCAGAGCAGGGCCAGUCGUCACUCUCCUUUUCUCUCCGCCGGCUAUUUCGUCUUUUCUCGACAUUUUUCCGUCCGGCGCACGUUGAAAUACGAAACGGUGGUUUCACGCGAUUUUCUCGUAUUUGUCGCCUCGGCUCGCGUACGCAUCCCCUUUUCGUGGUCUCGGGAACAUACGCCCGGUACAUCUACGUACACUUGUACAAGUUAGAUACGUAUAGUACACAUACAGUAAUACAGUGCCAUAGUGGAGUUACCAGUGGGGAAAACAAAAAUUAGUUUGCAAGCGGACGUGCCUCACGGCGACCGUCGUUCACCACGUUCUGGAUCGGAGGCAGUGGGAGCAGGAGGCGAUAGGAAAUCGAAAAGGAUCACGGCCACGAAAGGAGGAGAGCGCGCCAAUAUUGUCGAGAGGACGACUGGUUCUAUCGGUUGGAGUAUUCCUUCGGUAAUUUUCGGUUUAGGGAGGAGGAUGAUGGAAUGGAAUUUUGGCUGGUUCUUCGUUUGAAAAGGGUUCUGAGAGGGGAUCUGGGUUGAGUUGGAUGGCUCUGGUCACUGUAGGAGGAUCGAGGCACACAGGGGGAGGAGAGGCAACAAAUGGAGCAUAGAGGCGCGGCGUCGGAUCGGCAGUAGCGGCACCCUAUCGGCCGGAGGCGGAGGGAUCGGACGCGAGAGAGGCGGCGUUGUAGCGCGGCGAUGGCCGCGACCGACGGUCAGAUCGUGGUUGCGGCGGCGCGGUGGGCCGAGGAGGCGACCUACCUCCGCGAGUUCGUCUCCAAGUAUCGUCUGCCCGCGGUGAUCAAGAUCACGAAGGGCCAGUACGGGGGGCUGGGGGUGCCCACCCUGCCGGCGCCCAGCCUGCAGAGCACUGCCCUCCUCGUGUCGGCCGGCAGGCGGCGCAAGAUCGUCGCCCAGGCGGUGAAGAUCAAGGAGGGGAGGAGGGUGGUCGGGGUGGGGCCGAGGCUCGCCAUCCCCGACUCGUACGCCGGCUACUUCGAGAUACUGAGCGAGGAGGGGAGGGCGGUGCGCGGGAUAGAGUCGGUGAACGAGCUGUCCCGCCGUUGCCCCGAGGAGGGCGCCCUGGUGCGGGAGACGGUGCGCGGCAUAGCGUGCAGGGUGGACGACGAGUCGGGGCUGGUGGUCCCGGAGGGGACCAGGACCCUGGCCGCGGGCGAGACGAUCGUCACCGCGGGCGAGGUGACUCUGCCCGGCCGCGGCAGAUUCCUCCGUUGCGUGGACUGUCGGGGGGAGAGCGUGCUGCUCGGGAUGGAUCAGCGGGGCCGUUUCAGCGCGGUGGCGCGCGAGGACAACAUAAGCGGCGUGCACACGGCCCGCGCGUUGCUCAGCAAGCGUCUGCCGCUGACGGUGCGGCUGGUGCACGGGCAGCCGCCGAGGGGGUUGAAGUCGUCGUCGCAGUUCGUGCCCGAGCUCAGGCUGCUGUCCACGUUCGAGGAGGAGCACGUGUUCGCGUUGCCGUUGCAGCGAGAGGGGGCGGCGGUGGCGCUGCCGCUGGCCGCGCCGCUCAAGCUGGUCAAGGCGAGGAACGAGGAGGCGCUGAGGUCGAUGCAGGAGUUCGGCAGGCUGGUGGAGCGGGCGUCGCGGCUGGUGGCCGACGUGGCGGACCGGGCCCACGUGCUGGACGGGCGGCUGGGCGAGAGCAAGCAGGCGGCCAGGCAGACGAGAGGCGGGUCGGGUUUCCUGAGGCGGUCCUCGGCCGCCACCUCGGACAACAACGGGCCCCUUCCUCACCACAGGAGCAACGCGGCCACCCACCACCACCACCACCACCACCACUAUCACAGCAACGGCCAGCAGCAGCAGCAGCAACAGCAGCAGCAACAGCAACAGCAGCAGCAGCAGCCGCCCUCGUCCGGCUACGCGAGGGACGAGAAUCGCGUGCCGCCCUCGGCGUGCACCGAGGAGUACGACGAGAUCGAUCAGAUUUACGACUACGUGCGGGGUUUCGCCCCGCUGCCGAAGAGCGUGAGGUCCCCUUACGAGAGCCCGCUGCCGCAGGCGGGGUCGUCCAGCCCGCCCCUCACCCCCGUCACCGUCACCGUCGCGCCACUGCUCGACGACAGACCGGAACCGCCGCCCAUCGAGACGAUACCGACCAAGAAGAUCCAGGCCGAGAAGAGGACGAGGCGCGCCGUGAAGGAGGCGCCGCAGCCGAGGGCCGAGAAGCCACCCCUGGCCAAGCUUUACGUGAAGAACAGCGGCACCCAGAGGGGGCGCCCCCUCAUGAGGCAGAAGAGCGCGUCCCCUCUGAAGGAGACCCCGCCCGGGUACAAGGGGGGCUCCCCCCUUUUCAACAUCAGAUACAAGAGCUUGACGAACCUGCAACAGGCCAUGGAGCUCGACGGGACCCUCGACUCGAGCCACUCGGGGGGCAGAACCUCGGGCGACUCUGGUGCUGGUGCUAAGCUGCCCGAAAAGAGAUCGAGGCGUCUGAGCAGACCGCGCUCGUUGACGAAUUUAGUGUGGGAGCUGCGCGGCGGAAGCGGCCUCGGCUGCGCGAGGCCGGAAACCCCGCCGCCGGCCACCGCCGCACCGCUGCCCCCCACCAAAUGCGGACCACGUCUGGCCGUCACCGUGGUGGCACCCCGACGCGUUAGCACGCUCUACCUCUAACUCAUUCGAACCGACGAAGGACUAAAGAAGGCAGAGAGCGGUCCGGAUGGGGCGUCGAGGAUCUCCGAGAUGUCUUCGAUUAAUCAAAAAACUCGUAGCUCAAGCAAGGACGGAGGGACGGAUCCAGGAUCCGUCGAAGAUCCCACCAUUUGUCCUCCUUUUAUUUUUUUUCUUCUUCUUCUUCUUCUUUUUAAUCCAUCGCAGCGCCGAUCGAAAAAAAAAUCUGACCUUCCGAGAUAUCCAAUUUUCGCGAGAGAUCGUUAAAAAACGAAGAGGAGCUGCUACAGGAUACUGCUUUCCACGAUCCUCGAUCGAAACUUUGGAUCCAACUUGAAGACCACGCUUACUGGAUGAGGUUACUCGAAGGUUAACCGAAUGCGAAGAAGUCGGAAGACAACGCUCACAAUUCGCGAUCCAUUGAGAAAGAUCCGAGCUUGAUUAAAAGUAAAAACGAUGAGAAAUUUUGCACGAAUGAUUUUUAAAUUUCAAAAUGCUCGAAACAUUUUUCUUAACGGGUCACGAAAAACUGGAAGAAAUAUUCAUCACGAGAUAACAAAAGGGGCAGCAAGUUUAUGUUCGAAACGAAGAAUGAACGAGAUUGCAAAUUGAAAAUGGUCCAUCGAUCGAUGAAACUAACGAUUCAUUGAUGAAAUCGCUUCUCACAAAAAAAAAAAAAAGAAAAAAAAAUAGUAAGCGGUAGAAAAG